CCACACAGUCCACACAGUCCACAGCCCCAAAGCCAUCCAUGUGUGAAAGUGCCCUCACAAAUAUCAGUUCGCUGCAACGACAGGGAGAUGCCACGUGCUUGAUUCCGUGCGAUGCUUGUGACACAGAACAGCGUGCACCUCGCCCAAGCUUUCGGCUGCCUCACUCUCCAGACGAGUCUUUCUCUGCUCCAUCGUGGGUUGCAUCGCUUGCCUCCACCGUCCCGAGCAGCCAUGAGUGAGCAGCGGGCCGCCGUCCCCCCUCCUCCUCCUCCCCUCGACCACCACAAUGCCUCCCAAUACCAACGUGAUUUGGACUCAAUCAAGGCUCUGAUCGAUGCCAUGACCUCCGACCUCAAUCCACAGGUCGACUGGCUGCUCUUCUUUGAGCUCCUGGAAGAUAUCAAGGAUGUCGACGUCAAGCAGUGGAUGGCACUCGAUUCUAUGAAGAGCAGGAUGUUUCAAGCCAGCCCUGUCGUCUCGGACUAUUGUCUGAGCAUAUUCGAGGCUCUGAUGAACCAAGGCAACGCAUCCAUUCGGGACAAGGUCAUCAGCGAUAACGUCCUGUCCUUCUUCUGGACCUUUCUCCACGACCCCUUCUCGGCUUACGAAAACAAGAGCCGCCUGCUCUACCACAUCGAGAACUGGUGUCUCCGAAUCCGCACUGAAGUUGGAAAGAACCGUCUGAUUGAUUUCAUGGAGAAGCUUCGGGAGGAGUCAUACGAGGUUCCUUUCCCUCCCCAACCAUCAAGGAUCCAGCCCUUUAUUGAUGAAAACUGGGCUCCACCGCGCAACUCGACUUACGCUUCCCACCGCACUGCCUCGAUCAAUACCUUCCCUGAGUCUCCGCCUCUCGAGCCCGUCAGCAGCCCAAUCACCGCCAGUAUCGUCCAUUGCCUGUCAACGGCAAUCAAUGACGUUUCACCUGAGCUGGACUGGCAGGCUGCCUUUGCUGUCGUCGAUCUUGUCGACGGAAACUCGAACAGCCCUGCUGUUUUGGAUGCCAUCAGGUUCAUUCGGGAGAGGAUUCUCUCGCCAAAUUCUCAAAUUGUCGAAAAGGCACUUUGUAUUCUGGACAUUUUGAUAUCCAACUGUAAACCCAGCUUUCGCAAGCUGGCCUUGAGCUCCGAAAACGUCACGUUCAUGAAGAACUUUUUGCUGACCAAGGGCGUUCUCCAACCCCAUUACAGCAUCCUCGUGAACUACGUUCAAGAAUGGCUGCAGCUGGUCGGCGACUCCACGGAUGAGUACCCAGAAUUCCUGGCCCUCGCAUGCGAGUUCACAAUCCCGAACAAUUCCGAGAUCGACUCUGUCCGUGUUGCCCAUACCGCAGGCACGGGUUCUGCACACGGCGACUUUUCCUCUGCCGCGGUUGGACCCUCCUCAAACCCCGGACCAUCGGCCAUCGUCGGCUCGGCAGUCGUUUCCCCUACGGGUGUAUCCAUAGGUCCAUCUGGCCGCGUUGGUCACGCCUCGACCGUUGAUCCACCAGAAGCUAGCGGCCCUUCUGCGGUGGACACAUACUCGCACGUCAGCCCGGUGGUCUCCAGCGGGGUCGUGCUCGGCAAACCCCGACCGCUCUCGCUUCAUCUUCCGGAGCCGCUUGAUCUAGCGCUUUCCGACCUCAAUGCUCUCAGCUUGCAGUCGUCAGCCCAGCCCGGAUCGACAUCGGUAUCGGUCCAGCCUCCCCACGACCCAAGGGCUUCAGAGGGUGCUUCCUCGGCGACGGCGCCCGUAGCCCGUUUUCCUGCGUCCCAGCCCUCAGACCCUGCUGUAGUGCCAUCAGCGCCAUUCACCACAUACGCCCCAACACAGCAGGCGGCCUUUCCGGCCCUCCGCCCCACCCCAUCUCAAGGAACAGCGAACUAUCCGGAUCCUACUCAUACGCAAGGCCCGGUUAUAUCUCAGCAGCACUCUGGCAACGGUGUUCACUACCAUUCGAACGACUCGCGCGAGGAAGUGAGAUCGAGCCCCGUUUCCAAGCGCUCUUCCGCAGCGUCGACCUUCAAGGCACCAAAGGAGAGCAGACAGCUGUUCUACAUUGCCGCGGACCUCCUCAAGCUCGCUAUCGAGAAGUAUGAGCAGCUUCGCAACAAUAUGGCUGCGAUGGAGACCCAUGCUUCCUCACAAGAGGCUCAGAGAAGCUUGACCAAGCUUAUAUACGAGUGUCAAGCCAUCCGCGACCAGAUCUCCAUUCUUCUCUCAAACCAAAACUGCCCCGGAUACGAACGCCUGGUGGAUAUCGACAAACAGCUGGAUUUGUCCCUCGCUGCAUGCAAGUCGCGGUUCCCGUCCCUCUACCCAAGCCCAGCCAUCAACCAGGGCCAACUGCAGGGACUUCCCCAGAAGAUGUAUCCGGUCCAUGCUGUCCCCAACGCUGUAUCCGCGAGCCAAUCACCUUAUCCUCCUGGGCAACAGCAACGCGGCUUUCCUGCCCAGCAGGCCCAUCCCGCUCCCCUGGCCGAUGCUCAAUCGCCUCCACCCCCACCACCCCCGAAAGAUAUCAGCCUCCAGCGAGACAACACUCGGAUGCCGUCAAUUGAGGAAGUCAUGGCGACAUUUGAGCCCAACGAGUCUCGCGCGGUUCGCUAUAUGGUGUACGCCAUCCAGAAGCGACGAAGCGAGAAUCCGGAUGAGCUGAGCCUCGAUCGUGUCGGCGAUGUUUUUACGAUCAGUAUCAUAUACGGCGAUGGGUGGGCGCAGGCCACCAGCCAGCGUACCGGGCAGACCGGCAUGGUUCCUAUCAACUUUUUCGUCCAAAUGCCCUAAGCCCCUUGGAGUUGCCUCCUGCUCUCCAAUGUGCGGUACAGCAUGGGCGCCACCGAGGAUUACCAGUGCCCAUUGAGCCCCUCCGUUUUUUUGUUUUUUUUUGCAGCCGACCGUUUUGCCUUCCUCCCUGCAACCUGACUGUUGACUGCUAGGCAACCAGACCCUAUUUCGCAGCACUGGGCUCCAAAAUAAAGUGAUCACUAUGACCUUGUAUUGAUUUAA